AAGAAUAGGAGUACAAAACCAGCUAGCUAGCUAGCUAGUGUUGUAGUGUGUGUGUGUGUAUAUAUAUACAAGUGGUCAAUUUGGAAACCACCACAAAUCCAAAAAACCCCAAAAUUAGAAUAGAAAACAUGAAUUCCAUAGUCCUCUUCUCAAUCUCACUAUCCCUUGUAGCCUCCGCAGUGGGAUUAGAAAAGGGAUUUAUUACCCUGCAAGUCCUCCAAGCUCCUUACCCCUCGUCCCCGGCCAACCCAUGGGAGGAAUCCGCCGUCCUCCGGAUGCAGGCCGGGGACGAGGCCCGCCUGCGGUAUCUGGGCAGUGUGGUCGCCCGGAGAUCCGACGUUCCAGCUGCCUCCGGGCGGCAGAUUACCCAGAGCCCGACUUACAUUGUGGGUGCCAAGAUUGGGACGCCGCCGCAGGCGGUGACGCUCGCCCUUGACACUAGCAGUGACGUUGGCUGGGUUCCCUGCUCCGGCCACUCCGCGGCGGCCGCCUCCUUUGACCACUCCAAGUCCGCCACGUUCAAGAAUGUGUCCUGUGGAGCUCCUCAAUGCAAACAGGUGUCUAACCCGAGGUGCGAAGGCAAUGUUUGCGCAUUCAACCUCACCUCGGGCGGAUCCAGUGUAGCGGGGACCCUCUCGGAGGACAACAUUACCCUCUCGAGAGACGCGGUGGCCGGAUACACCUUCGGGUGCAUCCAGAAGGCCGCCGCCGAGGGCGCGGCCCCGGCGCAGGGCCUGUUGGGGCUGGGCCGAGGCCCAUUAUCAUUCCUCUCCCAAACAAAGGACCUCUACAACUCCACAUUCUCCUACUGCCUGCCCAACUUCAAGUCUUCCGGCUUUACGGGCUCGCUUAGACUAGGCCCAGUUGCGCAGCCCAAGAACAUUAAGUCCACUCCGUUGCUUAUCAACCCUCGCCGGCCGUCGUUGUACUACGUUAAUUUGAUCGGAAUUCUGGUCGGAAAGAAUCGGGUCAACAUCUCCUCCGCCGCGCUUGCCUUUAACCCGGCCAACGGUGUUGGGACCGUUAUCGAUUCUGGGACGGUUUUCACGAGGCUAGUGCAGCCGGCGUACGAGGCGGUGCGGGACGAAUUCCGGCGGCGGAUGGGGAGGGCGACGGUGUCGUCCCUGGGAGGGUUCGACACGUGCUACCAGGUCGCGGUGACCAUACCGAGCAUAACGUUCGUGUUCGAGGGGAUGAACGUGACGCUGCCGCAGGACAACUUCCUGAUCCACAGCUCCGGCGGCGGAACCACCACCUGCCUGGCCAUGGCCGCCACGCCGGCGCUCAACGUCAUCGCCAGCCUCCAGCAGCAGAACCACCGCGUCCUCUUCGACCUCCCCAACUCCAGGCUCGGGGUUUCCCGCGAACCCUGCACCUAAUUAAAUCAUUUGGGGUUUUUUUUUUGAAUUUAUGGUAACAAUAAAUUACUGAGUGGUUAAUUUUAAUUCCAUAGAGUUAAUUAAUUAAUUAUUGACCGGUCACGGGGAAGACUGACCGAUAUGGAUAUGAUGAUGAUGUUAUUGUUUUUGUCGGGUUUCACUUUUGUUUACAGCCGUAUUACUAUUAUAUUUACAUGUGAAAAGACAGAAUUUCUGCACCAUUUUGGAGUGUGUG